CAGGCGACAGUUUCCUACAAUGAUUCCUCCCUACAGGGAUCAGUCAUUAGUUUGUUGACAGUCGCGAAGAAUGGCGAUACCUGACAGGUGGCGUGGAUAUCUUGUGAUUGUGGGCGGGGUGCUCGUGCAUCUAACUCUCGGCACAGUUUAUACGUUUGGCAACCUGAACCCGUACCUGACGUCAUACAUUCGGAAGUACAGCAGCCCAAGUGACCUGCAGUAUGCCGAGAGUGUGUGGAUCUUCUCAAUGUCAGCCAUGGGCCAGGGGCUGUCCAUGUUCCUGGGGGGCAUCAUCAACCGAUUCAUCGGGCCCCGACUCACCACACUUCUCGGCUCAUUGCUAAUGAGUGCCGGAGUCCUGUUGACAUUCAUAGCAGUGCAGCACUCCUUCAUUGCAGUUGUUUUCACUUACGGACUGAUGUUUGGACUUGGCGUCGGUAUAGCUUAUGCAAUACCCAUAGCCUGUGCCAUGAAGUGGUUACCCCAGAAGAAGGGGCUGGUCAGUGGCUGUGUGGUGGCCGGCUUCGGGGGCGGCGCCUUCAUCUUUGACCAGGUUCAGACAGCGUACAUCAACCACAACAACUUGAAACCUCAAGCAGAAGAAGUUGGUGGAGAAAGUUAUUUCACUCAGCCUGAGGUGUUGGACAAAGUGCCCAAGAUGUUCCUGAUACUGGGAGCAUGCUACAUCGUGAUGCAGGUCAUCGGCAUCCUCUUCAUCUCAGACCCGCCUCCUGUUGAGGACAAUGGAGGUGAUACAGCCAUCACCAUGGCCAAGGUAAGGACAACGUAUGUGCCACACCCAAAAGGAAAUGGAUCAGAAGAGCCAGAAGAUGUGAUGGAUGUGACAUUGAACCCUGACAGGGAGGACAGCGAGACCAAAGCCUUGAUCCCUGCAACCAACUCGGAUGAAGAGGGAAGGCUGGAGCAAAGGGAGACAACCAAGAUAUUGGAGCAGGCAGUUGUGAAGGAUGAUGAGCAUGCUGUCCUGAACCCGAAGCAAGUGUUGAAACACCGAGCAUUCUACAUCCUGUGGUUCAUCUUUCUCUUCAAUGGACAGGGCGUGGUGUUCUUCUCCUCACUGUAUAAGGCUUAUGGACAGACGUUUAUACAGGACGACGUCUUCCUGGCCACAGUUGGAGCAUUCGCUGCCGUCUUUAAUGCUGGUGGACGAAUUGCAUGGGGACACUUAGCUGAUAGGUUUUCAUUCAAGAUUAGCAUGAUGUGCCUGUGUGCUCUGUUCACGGCCCUGUUACUGACGAUAGGGCUGACCAGCAUGGCAGGGAAGUGGCUGUUCUUCAUCUACGUGUGUCUCAUAUUUGGCACAUUCUCCGGCAACUUCUCCCUGUUCCCCGUCGCUACAGCUCGCUCAUUUGGUCAGCUUCACUACCCUCUCAACUACGGGCUGCUGUUUACGUCACAGGUGAUCACAGCCCCUGUGGGUGCCAUACUUACCUCCCAGCUGAAGAGCAUCAUAGGCUGGUACGGGAUGUUCUUUGUGGUGUCAGGAUUCUCAUUUAGCAGUUUUAUACUGAUGUUUGUUUUCAAAGUUAAAAAUUCCAAAGGAAAAGACAUAUAAAGCAGACUUACUGUGAACAGCCAGAAGGGAGAAGACAUGGGCAGUGAGCCACCCACGGGGACUCUGACAACCACACAGCAGACAGAGACAUUUCAUUACUGGAUGUAUGUCUGGGUACAUGGACAUCUACUUGUGUGUGCAAUAUUCCCUAUACCUGUUGUCUAUCUAGGUAUAUGGACAUUGUAUUGUGCGUGCAAUGUUCCCUAUACUGCCUAGGUAUAUGGACAUCUAUACAUGUAUGUUUGAUACGAGGGUGAUAUUCCCCAGAUGACCCACCUGGGUACGUGGACAUCUACUUGUGUGUGCAAUAUUCCCUAUACUAGUCAUCUGCCUGGGUAUAUGGACAUCUAGUUGUGUGUGAUAUCAGGUGAUGCCCCCUAUACUAGUCGUCUGCCUGGGUAUAUGGACAUCUAGUUGUGUGUGAUAUCAGGUGAUGCCCCCUAUACUAGUCGUCUGCCUGGGUAUAUGGACAUCUAGUUGUGUGUGAUAUCAGGUGAUGCC